CUCGCAUUUACUUACAUUAUCUAGGACAGCAUGCAUUGAACACUUCUCAUCCCAGUACACAACACUGGACCAUUAUAUUUCCCCCAUAGGUCUCGGGAGGCGUUGGAGGUCAAGUUAAGAACCCAGCGGGGAAUGAAGAAGAAAAUAACCAAGAGGGCUCAACUACAGAAGAAAUAUGAGGAAAUCUAUCAGGAGAAUGUUCCAUCCCCCAGGGGAGAAGGACAGUGACCCAUAUGAUGGGGUCAUCCUGAACUCUGACUCCAGCACCUCCAUUCAGGAAGACCCACAGCAUAUAUUUAAGCUAAUUCAAGAAGGCCACGUUUGCGGCAUCCGGAGUUUCAUAUUGAAGAAUCCUCUAAGUCUGAUGGCUAGAGAUGAUAAUGAGGCCACACCACUUCAUUAUGCUUCAAAACUUGCCCAGUUGGAGCUGAUGUUAAUGAUCAUCAAUGAGACUUCUGAUGAAGCCCUUAAUGCCGUGGAUAAUAAAGGCAGCACACCUCUACAUUGGUCUGUUCAGAAGAACCAACUGGACAGCGUGAAAAUACUUCUGAGCCGAGGAGCUGACCCAAACAUACUGAACUACUACCGGAUGUCUCCUCUUCACCAGGCCAUUUACUUGCAUUAUAACAGUAUUGUAGAGGCAUUACUUGAUAGCAGUACUACCAAUGUUAACCUGGAAGGUGACCUUGGGAAUACUCCGAUUAUGCAAGCUUGCUAUAAGGAUAAUUCGGAAGCCUUAGUAAUGCUGUUUAAUCGUGAUGCAAAGCUGUGUAAAAGAAACAAGAUCGGAUGCUUUCCAAUACACAUGACUACAUUUGCAGGGUCUUUAAAGUGCAUGGAUCUGGUUCUAAAAAAAGGUGAAGAAUUCGGAUUUAGCAUUGAGGAUCACAUCAAUUUCACAGAUAAUGAAAAAAGCAGUCCACUCCAUGUGGCAGUACAAAAUGGGCGUUUGGAAGUUGUGAAAGCAUGCGUAGGAUAUGGCGCAAAAGUAGACCUCAAACAGGUAAUUGAUAAUGCCACCCCGCUCCAUUUUGCUGCUUCACAAGGAGCAACUGAAAUCGUGAAAUUUAUGGUGUCAUCAUACUCCGGUGAAAAGAACCUUUUGGAUCUGCCAGAUGGAAAUAACGAAACUCCACUUCAUAAAUCGUGCCUAUUUGAUCAUGUGGACCUGGCAGAGUAUUUAUUAUCAAUGGGAGCAAAUAUUGACAGUGUGGAUAACGAGAUGCGCACGCCUCUUCUGAUGGCUACUUCUUGUUCUUCUUGGAAGAUUGUAAAUUUACUUCUUGACAAAGAAGCUGAUGUAAAGCUGACGGAUAAUUUUGGAAGGAAUUUUCUUCAUCUGACAGUAUUGCAGCCAGGAGGGUUAAAGAACAUCAGAGAGGAAUUUCUACAGAGGGCAGACGUAAAGAAUCUCGUGAGUGAUGAAGACACAGAUGGUUGCACUCCACUACAUUAUGCCUGCCGCCAUGGUGUUCCAAACUCUGUGAACAAUCUUCUUGGACUUAAUGUGUCUCUGUAUUCCAAAACCAAGAAUAAAAGAUCAGCUCUGCACUUUGCUGCUUUAUAUGGUCGUUACAACACAUGUGACCGGCUCUUAAGAUUUGUGCCCGAUGCUACGCUUCUCAAUGAUGCAGAUGAAAAGGGAAUGACACCUCUGCAUUUAGCUGCUGAAAAUGGACAUGACAGAAUAGUUUUUCUUUUACUCAAGAGGGGAGCUCUUCUUUUAAGUGAUUAUCGUGGAUGGACAGGCUUGCACUGUGCAGCCUUUGGAGGUUACACUCGUACCAUCAAGGUUCUUCUGGAUACAUCUAUUGCACUUAUUGAUAAAGCAGAUAAAGAAAAGAACACACCUCUUCAUCUAGCCGCUCGUGAGGGACACUCCAAAGCUGUUGGUCUUCUGCUGGAAAGUGGAGCAGCAGUAACUUUAAAUGUACUUGAGGCUUCUUUUAUUCAUGAGGCAAUACGUGGAGGAAGAAAGGAUGUGGUCUUGAUGGCAAUUCAGAGUGAUAGGUGGGAAGAAGUGCUCGUCACAUUUUCACACAAAUCUAGUUUUCAAUGUCCCAUUCUGGAAAUGGUAAAUCAUCUCCCAGAGGGCUUCAAGCAUCUGUUGGAUAGAUGUAUGAUUGAAGCACCAGGAGACAAGAAGAACUGGGAUUAUUAUGUUGAGUACAACUUCCGUUAUCUGCAAUGUCCUCUAUCCUUUAAGAAAAAAAAAGCACAAGCAACACCUGAAAGCAAAGUCUUAUAUGAGCCCCUUACUACAUUAAAUGCUAUGGUACAACACAACCGUGUGGAGCUCUUGUCACAUCCAGUCUGUAAAGAAUAUCUGCUCAUGAAAUGGAGAGCAUAUGGCUUUAAAGCUCAUCUUUUAAACCUGGCUAUUUACUCACUGGGACUUAUUCCUCUUACACUUCUGAUAGUAAAUGCUAGGGCACCCAACGGUAACAAUUCAACUGCAGAAGUUAAACCUUUACGACUUGAGGACACAUAUUUCAUACGCACCUGCUUGGGCAUUGUAAUGCUCAUGAGUAUGUUUGGAAUUGUAAAAGAAAUUGUUCAGAUCUUUCAACAGAAACUCAAGUAUCUACUUGACAGCAGUAAUGUUAUAGACUGGACAAUCCAUAUUACCAGCAUCCUUUUUGCAUCAUCUCUCUGUACAAAUCCAUUAUACGAGCCUAGUUGGAAAUGGCAAUGUGCUGCAGGAGCUGUGUUUACUUCAUGGGUCAACUUUUUGAUUUAUCUUCAAAGAUUUGAAUCGUGUGGUAUAUAUAUAGUAAUGUUUUGGGAGAUCCUGAGAACACUCGUGCGAAUUAUAGUCAUCUUCUUUUUCCUGAUUUUGGGAUUUGCAUUAAGUUUCUACGUACUACUCACUCCACAGAUUGCAUUCAAGACCCCUGUCCUUUCCCUCAUGCAGACCUUUACCAUGAUGCUUGGUGAUAUUAACUAUCAUGAUAGCUUUCUUGAACCAUUUCUUCAUGAUCAGAUUGAAAUACCCAUUUUAACGUUUCUCCAUCUGAUUAUAUUCACUUUGCUAAUCCCAAUUCUUCUGAUGAAUUUACUUAUUGGUCUGGCUGUCGGUGACAUUGCAGAAGUACAGCGGAAUGCAGCUCUUAAAAGGAUUGCAAUGCAGGUGAAUCUUCAUACAAAUUUAGAGAAGAAACUGCCAUUCUGGUUCUUGAAGAGGGUGGAUCAAGUCUUUUCUAUUGUUUACCCCAAUCAACCAAGAAUUUGGGGUGUUGCUAUCAAAUCAAAUAUGUUUCGCUAUUUCCUUGCUUGUGAAGACUUUAGCGUUGAAGCUCCCAACAAUGAUGCUCCAAUGGAAGUGGAACUUUGGAAGCAGAAAAAUAGGUUGAAGGAUCUGUCCACAAUAAUGCAGAAGCAACAUGAACUUAUCAAGCUAAUCAUUGAGAAAAUGGAGAUUGUAUCAGAGGCAGAUGAUGAAGACCAACAGGACUUCUUUAAAAAUAAUAAACCGAAGAAACAGAAGAUGGAACGCAAAGAAAGCAAAUGGGAUUGUGUGAUGAAAGCUGUAAAAUGUAAAAGUGCCUAGAUACUGUAUUUAAUCAUGAAAACAUUUCAAGGGAUGGAGGUUUCUGCUGAAUUGAACUGUGUUAGUCAUGGUCUACAUCGUGUGCCUUUCCUAAACAGGUCCACCACUAUGAGAUUCAUUGACAAAUUUAAGUAAGAACUGUGGGGGACAUUUAUCAAAUCGGAUAGGUCAGUUUUUUUUUCUUACAAAAGUCACAAGUCAUGGCAACUGCGCUUUUUUCUGAGACAUUUGGUCAAUUUUGCAACAUUUGGUGUUCCUCGCCCCUUUUCAAAGUGGUCUGUGUUUAAGGGCCAAAAGUGAGAUUAGACCUGGAUUAUGGCUCAUUUACUAUGUGAGACUUUUGCAAAAAAAGUUGCAACCUACAUCAGGCAAACCUCUGGUCUACUUUUACACAUAAAGGUGUAAACCACAUUACACUCACUCUCACUCCAAAUAUAUUAUUAAGGUGCACCAUUUCAGAAAUUUGGUGCAGGCACACAAAGCAAAGCCAGACUUAAAACUGACACAAAAACAACCACAAAUGAUACAUGUCCCCAUGUAUCUCUAAAGGGUGUUAUUCUAGACCAAUGAUUCAUAGCUUUCUAUCCAUUGGGGAUGCCAUGUAAAAAAUCUCUAGUCUGAGGCCAAUGAUCCCUCCCAGGGUUAAAAUAAAUUAAAAAAAUCUUUGCUGCUUAUGGGGAACUUCUGACCAAGUUUCCAACCUGCUUUCCUGACCUGUUUUCAAUGUACACCAGAAUUCUGCAGAAACCCCUCUAGGUGCAUAUCACAAUUUCCUAUACGGUAACUAUCCACCACAGGUGCAGUGGCCCUUGUUUCCCUUUCCUCUCUAAAGGAACUUUCACACUUGCCGGAACUGCCUGCCAGAUCCGGCAA